GUCAUCUGGAAUCCUGCGUGCGUGUGCCCCAGUGUCCGUAGUUGCGAGUUGGUCGUCGGACUGCGUUCCGCGGUCAGGGAAUCGAAACGUUUUUUGACAUAUUCUCCGGCUUUCGCAACGCAUUAUCACCUUUAUCUUUCGGCGUAAAUCAGCUCUAUAAUUACCAUCAGCUCAGUUUUUAAUCAGCGUACGCAGCACUGACCUAGCACAGGUCAGUGAUCUUGUGAAAUUACAUCGAGAUGUUAACUUUACAACCACGAAUUCCGGCAACUAGAUGCUAAAUGAACCUGCUUCUUAUUGAAACGUCUGUAAAUUAACUAAAUACAUCCAAUCACAUGCAAGUCGUCAUGUGGAAAUAUGUAUGACCGUCCGUCUGUCAUUCGAUAUUGCACUUUGGACAGAUUGUUAAUAAUACAACACUGUUGUGAUCGAUUGCGAACGUAUGUAACGAAGCACACGUUUGUGAGUCAAUCGAUCUCUAACCUUACAAACUCACGUGACAAAAUGGAAUUGAAGUGUUCGGUCCAGUCGUACGAGUGGGGGAAACGUGGCAUCGAAAGUACUGUAGCAAAUUUGGUCAAAGCAGCGAAUCCAGAUUUUUCUUUAGAUGAAAGCAAGCCUUACGCAGAGCUUUGGAUGGGUACACAUCCCAAUGGACCAUCAUAUUUGAAGGAGGGGAACAAAUCAUUGGGCGAGUAUAUCGAAGAGCACAAACAUGUACUGGGGAAUGGAGUAGAGGAAAAGUUUGGCCUUCAACUACCAUUUUUAUUAAAAGUUUUGUCGAUUAACAAGGCUCUGUCAAUCCAAGCUCAUCCCAACAAGGAGUACGCUGAGAAGCUUCACAAGUUGAAUCCCGGUGUUUACAAAGAUCCAAAUCAUAAGCCAGAACUGGCGAUCGCUCUUACCCCGUUUGAGGCUCUGUGCGGAUUUCGUCCAAUAUCUGAAAUCAAGCAGUUCUUUAAGGCUGUUCCGGAAUUCCGAGCUGUUGUAGGAGAAGAAAAAAUAUUGGAACUCAUUAAUUCAGAUGAAGUAGGUCUUCGGGCAGCUCUUAAAAACUGCUUCAAAAAUAUUAUGACCUGUGAUCCAGGAUUUGUUGCGUUGCAACUCAAAAAAUUACUUAACAGACUAUCGCACUUAGAUGAAUCAGGUAGGCAAGCCCUCAAUGGUAGCUUGAUAGAAAAAUUACAUUCUGAGUUUCCUGGAGACGUUGGAUGCUUUGGUGUUUACUUGUUUAAUUGGGUAACGCUGCAGCCUGGGGAGGCUUUAUUUCUUGGACCUAAUGAACCUCAUGCUUAUCUUUCGGGUGAUUGUAUCGAGUGUAUGGCUUGCUCAGACAAUGUUGUAAGAGCAGGAUUGACCCCAAAGCCAAAAGAUGUAAAUACGUUAGUAGAUAUGUUGACAUACAACUGUGAGCCAGCGUCUGCCAAAAGGUUUCAACCAUCACGGGAAGAUGAGUGUACAGAAAUAUUCAGACCUCCAGUUCCUGAUUUUGCAGUCGCAAAGAUUACUAUACCACCUGGAAGGGCAAUAUACAAUUUGAUACCAAGGAGCACAGGCAGCAUUUUAAUUAUUGUCAAUGGCAAGGCAGAGAUCGGCCCGUCUAUAGUUCUUACACGAGGCUCUGCGAUAUUUAUACCAGCUAACGAGAAGAUUACCAUCAAAGUGCUAUGCGGUUGUCAUCCAAUGCUCAUGUUUCAAGCAAUAGUCAAUCUCUGAGGAUAGCAAGCGCCUUAUAAUAAAAUUGAGACAUAUGCGAUUUAUGAACAUAUUCAAGACAUUAGAUGAUGUCUCGUAAAUGAACACCAUUGGGCUAGGCACAUUCCAUACUUCGUUAAAAUCUCUAAAUAUGGAAAUUUAGUAGACACCAAAGAACUUAUAAAAAAAAGUGACAUUUGUUAUCCACAUUACGCAUUAGAGCAAUUGCAUUCAUACCUUGCACAACACUGUCGAAUUUUCAAUUUACCGAUAAUAUUGCUUCGAGUCUCUACAUAACGAUUGUUGUCGGUGAAUUGGAAAACUCAUAUCGAUUACAAAUUCGAUCAUCCAAUAUGUUCCUAGUCGGUAAAUUUGCUUGUUUGUACCUGAUAAUUGUGAAAGUUUUUCGAAAUGAAACUUGCUCUAUCAAUCGUUUUGAUACUGUAACAUACAGACGAUAAGUUGGUGUAACAAGCUUGCCACUCACGAUGAGGGUAUAACGUAAUUUUACAAUCUCACUACUAGAUAUAUUGACAAAAUUUCAAAUAAAAGCUUUAGAUUUAUCUGUACAUUUGAUCGAGACUUUUUCGAUUUCAGUUGCGUUCAAUUGAUCAGUUAAAUCGAAGUAGUGGAAGCUUACUGCUGUAAUCUAAUAAUAACUUCUACUUAGAAUGCGAGUCUUAAUAUCAAACAGACAGAAGUCCUAAUGUCUAAGCGUCGUGUAAAUUGUGUACAUAUUUUCAACGAAAGCUUUGUGGAAUGUCAUCAUGUAAGCUGUUCGAGAAGAAUGUGAUUGACAUGGUUUGGUUGUUUCUUCACCUAUUAACUUAUCAGUAAGAAUAUAUUUUUUUAGCUAUUAAACAAGAAUUACUGAACCCAUGAUGCUGUAGAUGAUAUACCUCUAGUAUUAUGCCCAUCAAUUUUCGUCCGUUUAGUUGAUUUUUACAGUCCCAGCUGCGGAGUCGUAGUCAAGAAACUUCCGAUUCCAAGUCAGCAUACACGAAGAUUUUUCAAAUUUGUCUACUAAACAAUUCAUAUCACGAUCCGUUUUUAAUGACUGCAGAGUCCGAGCAAGCGCAAUUGUGAAAAGUGUA